UCGCGUCAAGCUCAAGCGAGAGUCAUCGAAGCGGUCUAACGCGAACGUGAAGCGAAGUUCAACCGCCAUGUAUCAGUAUCUUCUGUUUGUUAUCCUAGUUUUGGUUCUGACAAUCCUCUACAAGAUACAUCGAGCCACAACGUUCUGGAGAAACGCAGGAAUACCUUAUGAGCCCUAUCUACAGUAUCUCCACAGUUACUUCGUUCGAUACAAGCAGGAAGAUGUGUACACGAUUCUUGAAGAGUACAACAGGAAAUACGGACUCGUUUACGGGACCUAUCAAGGGCUGACACCAGCGCUCCGCGUCAGCACACUCGAAGGUUGUAAGGAUCUCUUGACAUCAAACUUCAUGAACGCUCACAAGAGAUCGAUCGAGGUGAAAACUGGCGCUAAACUAUGGGACAACAGUCUUUUUUCACUAGAUUAUAAGACCUGGAAGACGGUGCGAAAACUCACCACGCCAGGCUUCACGCCUGCAAAACUCAGAUUCAUGGUGCCGAAAAUGCAACGCAACUCGGAACGAAUGAGUCAGAAACUGUCGAAAAUCGCCGCGUCCGAAAACAACAUCAUCAAUCCAGUAAAAUACGCUCAAGGUUUCGCCAUAGACGAGAUCGCCGCCUUGGCGUACGGCCUCGAACUUGACGCGAUGGAAGACCCGAAAAAUCCAUUUGUGGUCAGCGGUCAGGGCGUCUUCGCGCCCUGUUUGGGACUCACUCUUCUGUUGUCCGUUCCUUGGCUUCUCAAAUACGUGCCGGUUCAUUAUCCUCAGAAACACGUGAUGAAGUUCCUCACGGAAUUUUCGACGUCGGUAAUAAAAAGUCGAAGGCAAAGACAAUUCCCAUCGAACGAGAUCGACAUCCUCGGGCUGUGGCUGGAAGAGCAGAAAACGAAUCCCGAAUUCACGGACGACCUCGUCGCGGCGCAAACGUUCACGUUUUUCACCGCUGGUUUCGAAACCACGGCCAUGACUCUGUCUUUCACGCUCUACAUGUUGGCGCUACAUCCGGAGGCUCAGGAUCGGGCGUACAGGAAUAUUUUGGAGAACGUCUCCGACAUCGACAACAUCACCUACGACGAUUACAGCAGAAUGAAGUUUGUUGAAGCUUGCUUCACCGAGACCCUCCGCUUGUACCCGACUGAUUAUAUCGUGGACAGAAUAACGCAAGCUCCUUGCACCAUCGCCGAUGUGAAAGUCGAGGCUGGUAUGGCGGUCCAGAUCCCUAUUCCUGCCAUGCAUCGAGACAGCCGAUACUUCCCCGAGCCUCUGAAAUAUCGUCCGGAGCGCUUCCUCAACGAAGACUGUCAGGCUUUCAUGACCUUUGGAGAUGGACCCAAAGGUUGCAUCGGGCGACGGCUCGCCCUCCUCCAACUGACCGUUCUGCUUACCGCGGUUCUGACGAAAGUGCGGUUGGAGCCGCGACCCGAUGACAAGAACGCAGAUAUCAAAGAGCUACCGAUUAAGCUGAAUCCAGGCAUGCCUUAUCUGGCGACCUCCAAAGACUCCAUCGAUAUUUGUGUGUUGCCGAGAGGGAAAUGA